AUGAAUAUUAUUGCAUGGAAUUGUAGGGGGGCUUCAAAACCCUCUUUUCAGAACCAUGUGAGGGAGGUGGUGAACACUCAUGAUCCAGCCAUUAUGAUCAUUAUGGAGACUCACAUUGGUGGUGCUCGUGCUAGGGACAUCACUGAUAAGUUACCUUUUGAUGGGGCCAUUCAUAUGGAUACUCUUGGGUUUGCUGGCGGGCUUUGGCUUCUUUGGAAUUCAGAUAGAGUCCAGGUUCAUCAGCUGGCCAUGUUAGAGCAAGAAAUCCAUGUUUUGGUUAAGGUACUCCCUUCAAACUUUGAAUUUAUUUGUAUUGCUGUCUAUGCUAGUUCUAGAUUUCAAGAGAGAUGUGUCCUUUGGAAUAAUUUAAAAAGUGCUGCGAAUCUUCAUGAUAAACCUUGGAUUAUUGCUGGGGAUUUUAAUGAGGUUCUUGUGGAAGGGGAUAAAUUUGGGGGAAGAAGCAUUAGCUCUAAUAAGUCCCUUCUCUUCAAAGAAUGCCUCGACCACUGUUCUAUGGUUGAUAUGGGAUUUGUUGGGCCUUGUUUCACUUGGACCAAUAGAAGGCAUAUUUGUGAUCUCAUUCAAUAA